AUGGCUGACCCCGAUCUUGUUGAGAUUUCUGCAUCUUUCCUCUGCGGUGACUGUGAUAAAUGUAUCCACGGUGGUAAUUCCACCGUCUUGUCGCACCACCGUGUGUUAAUUUGUGCUGCCUGUGAGGCUGCUCCAGCUGCGGUCACCUGCAGUGCCGAUGCAGCGUCUCUUUGCAUCGACUGUGACUUCCAGAUACACUCGGUGAGUCCUUUGGCUCGCUUCCAUACUAGGGUCCCUAUACCUCCACUGUCGGGUUUAACCUGUUCAUCCUCAAGUGUUUACCAUGAUCAGCCGCCAUCCACAAUGUUUGAAACGCCUACUACAGAACCAGAUCAAGAAAUCGAUGAAGCCGAAACAGAUUCAUGGUUAUUGCUUGAGCCUGAAAACACUGAAAACCAGAGCAUGAGUAGAUUUACGUAG